UUUCGCUCUCAGUUCAACAAAGCCAGAGGAAUGGCUGCUGGUGUUGCUCUCAGGGGACCACAACCACCACAAGAUGAUGAUGGUCCAAAACCCAUUCUUCCAAGUUUCGUCCCUUGUAACCAAGUCCAUGUAGUGGCAGCCAGGCCUCCUGCAGUUGCGCAGCUUCCUUCCAUUGCUGACAACAAUGAUGAGGAUGAUGUUACCGAAGAGGAUGGCCCCACUACUUGGAAGCCAAAGAGGAUGGUGAAGGAGUGGGAGAAUGAGCAUGGCAUUCGCCAUGUCACUAUCAUUGUCUGGCUGAGCAGUGGCGCGACUGAAGCCGACAUCAAAACCAUGGAAAACCUAGAGGAUACCAAUGUGAGGCGCCAUGCCAUGCAGCAGUAUGUCAGGUCCAUCCUUGAUGUCAGGGGUGAUGUCAUUUCAGAGUUCACUAUGGAGCUGCCAUUUCCAGUUGAUCCCUCUACCCUCAAUGUGACCUUCCCAAGCUUUGAAUCUGGUGCAUUGUUCUGCCAUGUUGACUUGGCUGAGAAAAGGAAGAAAAGGGUAGCUCAAUCCUUUGUCAUGAGGAAGAGGCAUGCCAAGGGCAAGAAGAAGGGUGAUAUUGAAUACAACAACCUGACCCCUCAUCACUAG